AUGUUGGUCGAUUUAUCAAGGAAGCUCACAAGGCCAGCCAGCCUGUUCAAGAUUUUUGCAGCAAAGACUUUGCAUUGGCCCGUCAAGAAAGGCCUUCUGUGCCAGCUCUUCGGCGGCACCUGCCUGCCCAACGGCACGGCACACACCCGACCGGAAAUCCACUCCCUGCUUUGUGGCGACCCAUCCACGGCGAAGUCCCAACUCCUGGGGUACUCCUACAAGCUCGCCCCGCGUGGUGUUUACACCUCCGGCAAAGGAAGCAGUGCUGUGGGAUUGACAGCCUCGAUCAACAAAGACCCGGUGACGCAGGACCUAGUGCUCGAGAGUGGCGCACUGGUGCUGUCCGACCGGGGCAUCUGCUGCAUCGACGAGUUCGACAAGAUGGACGAGAAUGCACGCGCCAUCCUUCACGAAGUCAUGGAGCAGCAGACGGUGAGCAUCGCGAAGGCGGGGAUCGUCUGCUCCCUGAACGCGCGAACCGCCAUCCUUGCAUCUGCAAACCCUGCCGAUUCCAGCUAUAAUCCGAAGCUGUCGGUGGUGGAGAACAUCAAGCUUCCGAAGAAUCUGAUGACGCGCUUCGAUUUGAUUUGGCUCAUGCUGGACAAGCGAGACCGCGAUUCGGACCACAGGCUGGCAUUCCAUCUUCUGUCCAUGUACACGGAAGAGGGCGCAAAGAAGGUCGAAGCCGUGGUGGAUCCGGAGCUCUUCCGAAGAUAUGUGGCUUUCGCGCGCCAGUGGGUGUUCCCUGCUAUCAACGAAGAGUCUGCGAACGCCCUUCAUAAAAGCUACCUGGACCUGCGCAACCAAGGCUCCAGGGAAGCGGUCACGGCCACGCCGCGGAUCCUUGAGUCCUUGAUCCGACUCUCACAGUCCUUAGCAAAGAUGGAGUUGCGUGAGACGGUCCUCGAGCGAGAUGUGAACGAGGCGGUGCGCCUUCUCAAAGCUGCGACCUACGCUGCCGCCGUAGACCCCGAGACAGGCUUGAUCGACUGGGAGCAGCUUAUUUCCGGCAAGAGCGCUGGCCAGCGAAAGCGCAUGCAGGAGCUGGAGAUGUUGGUGCAGGAGGUGGUUCACGAGAGGACGACCGCGGGCGACCAGACCAUGACCUAUGACAACGUGAAGGCGAGCGUGAACGAGAAGCUUGGAGAACGCAAGGAGCAGCUGAUGAACGAGUCCGAAUACUCCGAGGCGCUGCGGGCAGCAGAGCACGGCGGUCUUCUCCGCCGCCAAGGAAAGGUGAUCCACCUCACAGUUACAGGUGCCAGUCAGUAG